AAUCCUUUUUCACUUGAAAACUUGACGAUUUUGCAAAAUUUAGGAAUUUGCAAAAACAUAUUUCACCCUUAAUCAUCUCAUCAUUGAAGCAACGUGCGGCGCACGUGCUCACAGGAUAAUGAAGCAAUAUCACCAAAAUGUAAAAUGGAGAAGAAUUAAAAGAACCCCUCUUCUCUUUUCAUCACCCUCUACAUUCUGCAACAACCCACAAAAAUGUCUGUAUUUCUCUGUUUUUCUUCACCGUUUAAAAUCAAAUUUAAUUGAUUAAUUUCCUUUUCAAUUAUACUUUUUUCUUUUUCUUAGAGAAUUUAUUCUGAGGGGAAAAAAAAGAAUUUAAAUUGCAGUAAAAUCUCAAAUGAAGCAUGUAAAGAUAAGAGCUUUAUUAGAUUUAAUAGAUACCAAUACUUCAGCAUCAGAUGGAAGACAAUGAUCAUGCUGCUACUACCACUUGCAAGGAUUAUUACAAGAUUUUGGAAGUUGGUUAUGAUGCAACGGAUGAGGAUUUAAGAUUAAGUUAUCGAAAGCUUGCUUUGAAAUGGCAUCCUGACAAGCAUGGAGGCGAUAAUAAUAUUACUGCCAAAUUUCAAGAUAUUAAUGAAGCUUAUAGAGUAUUGAGUGAUCCUGCAACACGACUUGAAUACGAUCUAAGUGGGAAUUAUGCAAUUGAUAAGUACUCUCUCAGAGUAAGAACCAUUAGAAUACCUUUCCAGAUUCAAGGGAAUGAUACUCACAUGCAAUGGUCUUGGCAUCAAUCAUGCUUCACUUUGGAGUCAACAACACCUCAAGGAAGCAAAUGAUUGUGAAGAUGAUUAAGGUUUGAGUGUCCUGCCAUUUUAUCAUUAACGAAUCACCUUCUUAAUCAAGACAACAAGGAGCGCGGUCUCCUGUAACUGUUUCGAGACUCCGGAGAGGGAGGAAGGAGAAAGGACCAAGUUGUUGUACAAUACUAAUAGAGAAUAGUCAGUAUCUGGUACACUUGAGGCUGUUAUGUCUUGUACGGCAUGUUAAUGAUUGAAAGUAGCUUUGGAGUAGCAACAAGAUAGUAGAGCAAUUGCUUUGUGAGAAUAUUGAUCUUUUUUUAAGUGCUCACUCACUUUCUUGUACUUAGUUAUGUAUCAUUGGAAGUAGCACGAGAAACAAUUUUUUUAUAAUUAUUUUGUGAA